GAGGCUAGAGCGAAGUCAUGGAUUCUGUAGUCCUCCAGCUGUGGGCUGUCCUCUCUCUCUUGGUUCACCUUGCUGCUUGCAGUCCUAUCCUGAGCUUGGAGCACUCUUCCUUGGAGGAAGACGUGCCUCUUUUUGACGAGAUUCUCUCCGAGCAGGAUGGUGUUGACUUCAACACGCUGCUUCAGAAUAUGAAAAAUGAGUUUUUGAAGACAUUGAACCUUUCUGACAUUCCCCUGCAUGAAACGGCCAAGGUGGAUCCGCCAGAGUACAUGCUAGAGCUGUACAACAGGUUUGCCACUGAUAGGACAUCUAUGCCAUCUGCGAAUAUUAUUAGGAGCUUCAAAAAUGAAGACUUGGCUUCCCACCCUAUUGGUGUUACAGGAAUUCGGAAAUACCCUCUUCUGUUCAAUGUUUCCAUCCCUCACCAUGAAGAAAUCACCAUGGCAGAGCUGAGGCUCUACACCUUGGUUGAACGGGAUCAAAUGCUCUAUGAUGGGCUUGACCGGAAAGUCACCAUUUUUGAAGUGCUGGAAAACAACCAUAUGGGGGUAGAAGAGAGAAAGACAGUGGCACUGGCAUCCAGGCAGAUCUAUGGCACGAGCAGUGAAUGGGAGAGCUUCGAGGUCACUGAAGCCAUCAGGCGUUGGCGAAGGGCAGGGCUGACCACACAUCGGCUGGAAGUUCAUAUAGAGAGCAGGGAAGGGGAGGAGCAGAACGGAGAGGGAAAACUUGAUAUCGACAUCAACUCUGAGGCUAAGCAUGUGCCCCUGUUGAUUGUGUUCUCUGAUGACCAAAGCAAUGACAAAAAAGAGGAGAAGCAAGAGCUGAACGAAAUGAUAGACCAUGAGCAGCUCCUGGACUUGGAGAACUUGGAGGUUGGCAAUUUCCAUGGCCAGCCUGGUGAGGAGGCGCUGCUCCAGAUGCGUUCCAACAUCAUUUACGACUCUACUGCCCGAAUCCGAAGGAAUGCAAAAGGCAACUACUGCAAAAAGACUCCACUCUACAUAGAUUUCAAGGAGAUUGGCUGGGAUUCCUGGAUCAUCGCCCCGGCAGGAUACGAAGCUUAUGAGUGUCAUGGAGUGUGUGCCUACCCCUUAACAGAGCACGUCACACCGACGAAACAUGCCAUUGUCCAGACUUUGGUUCACCUGAAGAAUCCCCAGAAAGCCUCCAAGGCCUGCUGUGUGCCCACCAAACUCGAUCCCAUCUCUAUUCUCUACUUAGAUGCAGGGGUGGUCACCUACAAGUUCAAAUAUGAAGGAAUGGUGGUAUCAGAGUGUGGCUGCAGAUAGUAGGAGGGAACGCAUGCACAGGGGAGCACACAGGGGAAGUAUUUAAUGAUUCAGUCUGUAAAUUUGUACAUUUCGGAUUUCCUAUUUAAUGAGGUUAUUUAAUGAGGCAUGUACAGAUAAUUGUAUGUUUCCUGUUACGGGGAAUAGGCAAGUCGUACGACCAUAGGGAA